UUUUCUACCAAGCGAAACUUAACAGUGCUCAAGACAAGGGAAGGGCAACUUAUUUGACAGCUAUGUGAUUUGGGUGGGACUGAAAAAAAUGCCAAUUAUUUCACAGCUCUUAUUCCACAGCUCUCACUCUUCAUUUAAACACAGUGAUACAGUGUUGCUUAUUUGUUUAGCUCAGCGUUCAACACCAUUGUGCCCUCAAAGCUCAUCAAUAAGCUAAGGACCCUGGGACUAAACGCCUCCCUCUGCAACUGGAUCCUAGACUUCCUGACGGGCCGGCCGUAGGUGGUAAGGAACAAGCUACUUCUCACCAUUCUUAGUUUGCUGCCAUGACAUCAAAAGAGGAUGCUGCUGAGUUUGUGGAUAGACACAGGGCUGAGCUCAUCCAGAGGGUUCGCAAGGUGAUGCCCAUAGCAGAUGAUCUGCUCAGAAGGGGCAUGAUCCAAUAUGAAAUGUUUGCUAAUAUUUCAACUUCCAAGACCAACCCAGGCAAGAUGAAAGAGGUGUACAAAGCAUUGCAGUCCGGAGGGACACCACUUAAAUCAGCCUUCUAUAGGAUUCUGCUGAAAAAUGAACGUCUUCUGGUCAUCAAUCUGGCUGCUGAGUUUGUGGAUAGACACAGGGCUGAGCUCAUCCAGAGGGUUCGCAAGGUGAUGCCCAUAGCAGAUGAUCUGCUCAGAAGGGGCAUGAUCAAGCCUGAGGUGUACUCUAAUAUUCAAACUGCCAAUACCAGCCAGGACCAGAUGAGAGAGUUGUACAAAGCCGUACAGUCAGGAGGGCCAGAAGUUCAAUCAGCCUUCUACAGGAUUCUGCUGAAAGAGGAACCUCAUCUGGUCAUCGAUCUGGAGGACGUUGUUGGAGAUCUAGAAGAUGGUUUGAAGAUUGGAGAAUCUUCUUCAGGGAGCAUUGCAUUGGAAGGUCCUGCAUUACCUCCUGCCUCCAAUAUAUUUCCUGGGACAGGAGGAAAACCUGCUGCACUUGCAUCAGACGAGGAAUCGGUUGGAAAGAUCACGUACUACACCAAUAACUAUCUUGGAACAGGUGCCGAUGGAAUUGUGUUCAGGGGUUACUUCCAUUGUGAUGAUGUCAACAAGCGUCCUGCGGCAGUGAAGAGAAUUGAACUAGCAAAACAAAGCAAUGCUGAUCGAGAGGUCGCUUUGCUUCUUCAAUUGGACGACAAUCCCCAUGUCGUCCGCUACUUCUGCACUGAGAAGGACAGGCAAUUCCUAUACAUUGCCAUCGAGCUGUGUGCCGUCUCUUUAGAUAAGUGUUUUACUGAAGAAAAUCCUUUUGACCUUCGCGGACUGAACCCAGUGAUGCUGCUGCAGCAGACCAUGAUAGGACUGGAACACCUGCACUCUCACAACAUAGUCCACCGUGACGUGAAGCCCCACAACAUCCUGUUGAAAGACCAUUCUGACUCAGUCACGGUCAAGAUCUCAGACUUUGGGAUGAGUAAGCAGUUAGCGGACGGCAGACAAAGCUACAGUAUGAGGUCGGGAGCCCUUGGCACCAUGGGCUGGAAUGCCCCAGAGGUCCUGGAUGACAGCAGGAGAGUAAACCCUACCAGUGCUGUGGACAUCUUCUCUGCUGGCUGUGUGUUUUACUAUGUGUUGACAGGAGGCAAACAUCCCUUUGGAGAACCCUACCGGCAGACUGCUAAUAUCAUGGAUGGCAAAUACAACCUUAACGGAUUACAGAAAGACAAACAUGAGGACAUCGUGGCCACAGACCUGAUAGAACAGAUGCUGAGCAUGGAGCCCCAGAGGAGGCCUUCUGCUGAGAGCGUGCUCAAACACCCCUUCUUCUGGAGCCUGGAGAAACAACUGAUGUUCUUCCAGGACAUGAGUGACAGAAUUGUAAAUGAGACAUCGGAUGGUCCAAUCAUACAGCAGCUAGAGUCAGGGGGACAGGAAGUGGUGAGGAAUAACUGGAUGGAACACAUCACAGCAGUGCUGCGGGAAGAUCUAGAAAAACGUAAAGGAGCAUAUGAAGAGGGCUCUGUUAAAAGUCUUCUACGUGCCAUAAGAAACAAGAAACACCAUUACCAUGAUUCUCCUAAGGAGGUCCAGGAGACUCUGGGUUCCAUCCCUGAUGACUUUGUCUCCUACUUCACCUCCCGCUUCCCCCACCUGCUGCUGCACACCUUCCUCGCCGUGCGUUCCUUUGCUGAGGAGCUGACUUUACAACACUACUACCUCUAGUCCAACACGAAACUUAGACGGCAGGAGAGAACACACC